CAGUUUCAGGGUCAGCAACAGUUAAAUUAACCGGAUUUGGCAGGGAAAAAUUGGACGGGCUGGCUAAAUUGCCACAGUUUGGACCGCAGUUUGGCUUUAAAAAAUUGUUUUCUGCUGAGGGGGCAAUUUCUCACCCAGUAGAGCAAAAGCAGAAGCGACUUGACGAAUUAAGCAAACCAGGAUUAGUAAAAUUAAGAUUAUUGGCUGGCUCAAAAGCAUUAGAAAAAGGAACGGGGGCGGAAUUAGUAGAAAGAUUAUUAAUAUUAAUCUCACCUUUCGGAUUAGUCGCUGAAUACUUUCCAAUUCCAUAUCCUAUUCCGCCUGCCGCCACAGCAGCGGGGGUUGGCUCGGUGGCGAGAUUUUGUUCCGGAAGAACUUUUUCGCUGGCUGGGGAGGAAGCAGUUUGA